AUGGAGGUUGAUCAUCACACAAGGCACGGUUCCCAUAACAAAGCGGGAGGUACAACCAAGUCAUUCUCUUGCCUCUACUGCUCGAGAAAGUUCCACAGCUCGCAAGCGCUGGGCGGGCACCAAAACGCCCACCGGAAAGAACGAACGGCGGCAGGGAAAGGCCGAAGGGCAUUUUCGUCUUCCUUUACAUGCGACUACAUGGCACUAAUGGCUCCUCCGCCUUUUAACCUCGCCGCAAACCACCCUUUCGGCUUUGUGAGCCCAUCAGCCUAUGUAGGAGCCUAUCAUGGCCCUAUGAUGAUAAAUGGGUUCGGGCCAAAUGGUGGGCCCGUGUUCGACAAUGUUGUGGUGUAUGAGAAGGACAAUUGGAAUGAUGAUGGUGAUGAUGAUGAGCAUGGACAUGGAGAUUGUGGGAGGCAGAAUCUUGAUUUGUCUCUACAUUUGUAG